CCUAUGUACAUGAUACAUAGUUGUAUACAUACGUCCGUUGGUAAAUGAUAACAUAUUAGUUGGUAUAUUAAAUAUUUACAUGGUGAUGAUUAGUAGUACGCGGCUAUACAGAUAAAUACUAAUUGAUAAUCAGAUACUAUCCAGUACGUCUGAUACAUAUUGUUCACAUACAGUUUUGUCUACAUCAUAUACAUGUUUAUGACACAAUGGGUAAGCCCGGACAAUUAACACAACAGCCUGGCCACGUGGUGAUAGAUGUGGGCUUUGGUGGGGACGAAGUAGAAGGUGGCGAUACACCCAUACAUGCACAAUCGUAUACAGACGCUAUGCUCCACAGAAGAAACGGUAGAAACCAAAUUUCACGUGCAGGUAAACCAGGGACCAAUACCGAUUUUCUGAGCACAUACAGACCCACUAUAAAUAGGCGGAAUACCAUCAUAGCCCAACCACACACUCACACUCAUACACAUGCACAGUCAUCCUCACAAACGGGUGCGAAUGAUAGUAAUGGGCUGAAGGAAGGCGUGUUUGUUAGACCACCCAGGCCUGCAUACUUAGCUGACUAUAGGCAGAGAUCAACUAGGAAUAGAACGAAUGGCUGGGCUCUAUCGGUCAAACAGAAGCUUCAGGCUAUGGGGCAAUUACCUGCAGUGAGCUCAACGAACGGCUACGAGAGCGACGAUGCAAUUAACAGGUUCGUUUGA